AUGUUGUUCCUCCUUCUGGGUUUGCUAACCUGGUCAGAGGCAAUUCCCGCAUGUCCAUCCCAAUGUAAUUGCACCGAAACCGUCGUUGAUUGCUCCCACAAAGGUUUACGGGCAUUUCCAACCGAGUUACCAUCGACGACAAUUACUUUAAAUCUGCGUGGAAACAGUAUCGGCCGGUUAUCGAUCAAUGACGUUCGAGGAUUGUCGCAUCUGGAGACGCUCAUCGUCAGCGAAAAUGUCAUCCGAAGUGUUGAAGAGAAUUUUUUUCUCGACUAUCUUCCUCUUCUGCGACGGAUUACCCUGGCUAGGAACAAAUUACGAUUCAUUCCCUCCUUAGCUGCCCAAAAUUCUCGCCUUCUUUCGCUCGACCUUCGACACAAUGAAAUCGAAGCCAUCGACGUUCAGAAUUUUGAACAUCGGCAGUUUAGUCAUGGGGAAAUCGGGAUCGAACGAAGAGGCGAAGUGCUUUCAAUCCACCUAAACUCCGCGCUACACCACUCAGCUCGGUCAAAGCUGCUGAUGUACCUUGCGCUGAGCCAACAAUUGUGGAAAAAGAGUUUCAUAGCAUUCUCGUCUGCACGGCCAGUGGAGGUGGUGAAGUGCACUGGUUAUAUAAGUGAGUUACAUGGAUUCUAUGACACCUUCUCGGAGUAG